AUGGAGCGGCAGUGCGUGCAGCCCCGAGGGCGGCCGGGACAGGACGCGGGCACAGCCCCGAGGUGGCGGCCCUCACUGCUCCCGCUAAACCCACUGCAGCCGCUGGGGCCCGCGCACAUGCCAGACCCUAGCUCCCUGCCUCCUCCCCACCCUCCUUGGCCCAGCUGUGCCAGGAUGGGGGUGGGGGUCUGCAGAGAAGCCACACAAGACAGAGGGGGCCCUCCCUCCCUCUCUCUCUCCCUCAUCCCUGCACAGACGCCACCUUCUGCUCAGUGCUGUGCUGGGCUUUCUGCUGCAAGGUGCUGGGUGAGGCAGGUGGGCCUCCAGGGUGUGGGCGAAGGGCUGUCAGAUGACCAGGGCUGUGUGUGUUGUGGAGGGUCCCUUGCUGUGAACACAUCCCUCCCCACCAUGCUGGCAACUGAUCCCUCCAUCCCAUCCCAGGCCCUGGGGAUCCAGUUUUCUCCAGCAGGGGAGGGUGAAAGCCCCACAUUUAUCCCUGGAGAGCGGGGAGUUUUCAGAGGGGAGUGAUCCCGGCUGAAGACACCUGGGCCUCUGCCCCGGGCUGAUGGGGCAGUGCCACCUGCUCUGUUUUCCCUGCUUGACAUGAAAGGGGUCCCUUCACCCCUCCUUCCUGACCCUUCUCCAGGGUCCUCAUGCCCCCUUACCCUGCUCCCCAAUCAAAUCUCCCCUGAGAUGAGGGUUUGUCCCCAUCCAUGGUGAGGUGUGGUGUCUGGUGGGCUCUGCGGCCUGCCUUCUUUCCUGGUGCUUUUGAAUUCAGCUUCCUUCUGUGGGCGGAGGGGGCCUUUCAGGAGAAACAGGGCUUUCCUCUGACUGGCUUCUGUUAAGGCUGGUCCCAGGUUUACUCAUGGGCCCUGAGAGGAGGAGAGGCAAGGAAUCUGUCUGUCACAUGUGAAGCCCACUGAUGCCACUGCCUGCCAGAGCUGCCUCAGGGCAGUGGGCCAGGAGCUGGGCCAGGAGGUGACGGAGCCCAGCCUUGGCUUUGAGGAGCUCAGGGAUUGA